UACCAUGAUGUUAUGUUCUCUCAGGUUUCGGCUCAGGCGUAAAGCAGGGAGGCGGCUUCUCAGUCUCGCAAGGCAGCGGGUUUAGCGUGGAGAAUGAGUACAGCGAAUCAGUCAUGCGUGUGUUCCUGAGCCAAUACAAUGCUGGAGGAACCUGCGGGAUCCUUAAUGGUCAGAAGCCGUACGGGAACCGCAACGAGAAUGAAGUAGACUUCGCUGAGAUCCCCUGGCAGGCGAUGAUCUUGCUGCAGACCAACAGGAGCCUGCUGUGUGGAGGAGUCAUCACCAGACCCGAUGUGGUCAUCACCUCUGCUUCUUGCCUCGAUGGACUCGACGCCAAGAACGUGCUCAUCAAGGGCGGAGAAUGGAAGCUUGGAAUUGAUGAUGAGCCUCUUCCUUUCCAGAUUGUCCAGGUGAAGAACAUCCUCCGCCAUCCGUUCUACAAGCGCGGCUCACUCCACAACGACGCGGCCAUCUUGGUUCUGGCCGAGAACCUGAGAUUCGCGAAGAAUAUCUUCCCCAUCUGUCUACCACGAGCUGGAGAGACCCUGGAUGCUUUUUACAACGGAGCUGGUGAAUGCGUGGUCACUGGUUGGGGCAAACAGGUGUUACAAGCUCACCUCGCGGGCGCCAUAAUGCACAGCCUGAACGUCUCCCUCAUCAACCCAGGGGAGUGCCAGGCCAAAUUACAGUCUGACUACCCCCAUCUGCUCGAGCAGUACGAUCAAGAAAGUUGCGCUUGCGGACAGCCCACCAACCCGACUAACAACAUCUGCAGGGUGGACAUCGGCAGUGCUCUGGCCUGCACCACAGACAGCCAACACUUCGUGCUUCGCGGCAUCUACUCCUGGGACUCAGGUUGCCAGCUUGGAAACCAGCUAGCAGCAUUCUUCAAAUUCGACCUAGAGUGGUACGAAUGGGCGAUUGGUCUGAUCGAGUCGGCGAGAUUCGCUCAGUUUAACAGUGGCGCCCAAAUCCGUGGUCAGAACAGACUGUCUGGUCAGAUCAAGGGUGGUCAGAGUGGAAUCAAGGGCAGUGGAGCUGGAUUCGGAGUCAGUGGAGGACUGGGUGGAGUCAGUGGAGCGAUCGGUGGAGUUAAAGGCGGAUUUGGAAGUAAAGGACAGGUCGGUUUCGGCUCCCAAGGCUUCGGUGGUCAGUUCUCAUCAGGCUAUAGCCAAUACAGCAGCAGCUCAGCCUCAAGCAGCGAGGGCUUCGGCGCCGAAAUCAAGGGUCCAGUGAAGUCCUUCAGCGCUUCCUACUCUGAGAAGAAGGUCUUCCAAUCCGAGCCAAAAAUAGUAACCUACACAACGAAACCCGAAAUCGUAACUUUUACAACUAAACCCGAAUAUUUUACCUUCACGACAAAACCGAAAAUCGUCACCUACACGACCAAACCGCAAAUUAUAACCUAUGAGACCUCAGGGUCAGGUACUAACCCACAAUAUGUGGCCCCAGGAGUUACAUUCAACCCGUCUUUUUCUGAAGUUGUGGGUGCCCACAAGCAUAAUGCCGCUUGCAAGUGUUUGGAAGGCAAAAAGUAAAUAAUCCCUUUUCGGGCAGACACAAACUUACAACCUUAUUCUAAGAUGUUCACUCCAAUUUCCCUCAAACUCAGCUCAAAUUUGGUAUCAGACGCCGCCACUCCAGUCAUGGUAUAAGAAGACCAGGUAUGCUCAAAACUGACAGCUAACAUUUCAAGGUUAGCCCAGCUGACGUCAUCCGACCCUGAGUUGCCAUUUCGUAAAAAAUAAAUUACCCAUGUCCAACGUUUUUAAGUUACUUUGCAAGAAAAUUUUGAACUUUUAGUAAAAGAUUUACGUACAAAUUUAACGAUUUUUAUAUAAUGUGAUAAGUAAUAGUAAUUAAAUACAUUAGUCAGUAAUUCAC